AUGGGAGAGGAAUACAAAGCAGGGUCUCCCUUGGCACCUGCCAAUGGUUAUUACCGGAGCGACCAAGAGGCGAGCAGAGCAACCUCGUCUGAGCUCCGAAGCCAGAAAAGCAAGAAAUGGUUGUUGUACGGCGUGGCCUUUGUCAUUUUCCAAACUGGAAUCAUCGUGCUCUUCUCACUGACGGUUAUGAAAGUCCGAACUCCUCAAUUCCACGUCAGGUCCGGCGUUCUCAGUGUCCAAACAAACGGGACGACAAACCCCGCUACGUACAACCUGAUGUUGAACGCCGUACUGGGAGUGAAGAACACCAAUUUUGGCCCUUACAAAUACGAAAACUCCACUAUCUACUUCUUCUACAACGGCACACGAGUCGGGAGCGCUGAAAUCCCAGAUUCAAAAGCUGGUUUCCGAACAACAAAAAAAAUCAAUGUUGCAGCAAACCUGGUUGACCCAGCAGCUGCAGGGAAUAGUACCGAAUUAAUGUUUAAUAUUUUGAAUUCAGGGACUUUGCCUCUGAUUGGCCAAUCGACUUUGAACGGAAAGGUGGAGCUCAUGUUUGUUUUCAAGAAGAAGAAAGCUAUUAAUUUGGAUUGUACCAUGGAUGUCAAUCUCCCGACGAAGGAACUCCAGAAUAUCCAGUGCAAUUGA